CGCACUACAAAAAAAAAAAAAAGCGAGAUAAAUUGUAUUGUAUUGCAUUGUAGUCGGAUCGGAAUGGCGUCUGCUUUCUCAAGUGCUGCGCUUGCCGGUUGGCGGCAGCGCAUCGAGUUCUCUCUGCGAGAGGCGAAGAAAGUUCGCGGUGGUGCAUUUGUGCAAUUUGCUACAGUAGAUUCCGAUGGCAGGCCUCGAUGUCGUACGGUGGUGUUUCGAGGUUUCGAAAACGUACCAGCGAAUGCAUCUGGCGCAAUGCUGCUUCCUCCUCACAGCAACGCGUCAGGAGUCGCGACGGCGGUGAGUUCAUCGCAACCCGGCUCAGACCCAGACGUUGGUUCCGCCGAACCCAGCAUGGUGGAGGUUUUGAAGAUUGUAACGGACCGCCGGUCCGAGAAAGUGGGUCACUUGUUAAACAGUCGCUUUGCCGAGUUGUUGUGGUGGUUUCCACAGACGAAUGAACAGUAUCGCAUUUCGGGAGUCUGCACACUCUCAGGGGGCGGGUGCCCGCAUCUUGGUGACAUAGUGCUGAAUAACUGGCGUAGCCUGUCCGAUGCGACACGGGAACAAUUUUUCUGGUCAUCUCCAGGACAACCGUAUGCUAGUGCCCCGUAUAGCAAAGCUCGAAAAUACGACUUCAACAAGCAUUAAGGGGGUACCUUUUACUCAGUAUGUUGGUGUCCGGAGUAAAAGCCAUGAGAAACCCGCUUAUAUUACACAUAAGGUCAAUUUUCGAAUGGGUUUCCCAGGCGUUCACUCGGGUCACACCAUGAUCAUGAGAAGCUUACUAUCUCUAAGAUAAGCCGAAGAUUUCUGAGGAGGCCGCACCAGGAAACCACGUUGAGAAACCAACCGCAGAGACGGCAACACCUAGUGCUCCCGCUCAGCAACAAAAAACUGAAGAAGCUACACCAAAAUGCGAAGUAGAAGUAGUUGACGCACCAGCCGCGAAAGAACUAGCAGUUCCAAAGGGCGGUCGUGAUCCCGAAACGGGCAAAGUUUUACCGCCAAGCGACAAUUUUCUGCUUCUGUGUCUCUGGCCGCAGGAGGUCAAAUACCUACGGCUAGGCGAUAAUUUCGCAACCUAUGAGAAGACUACUGAUGCUCAGGGCCUGCAAUGGGCUCCGCCACUACGCGUGAAUCCCUAGGAACCUAUCUAUUCUAAAUGUUCUGAUUAUAGUUGAGAAUCAGAAUGAAUUUUUUCAAUAAUAACGCAGAUGAUGAAAUGAAUAAGCAUCGAAGCUUGUAGCUCGCUACUGGACUGGUCGUCAAGGAUAGAAGUUGCUGACUACUUCUACAUUGGUCAAUGCCCUACCUUAUUCAACGUCGCAAAAAGAGCGAGUAAAAAGAAGUCCUUCC